UGUCCUCGUAACCUGUGUCCCCUCGAUGGACGAAAAUAAAUUGAAACAUCGUCCCCAAAUUUUCUACCAUUUUUCCACUCGAAAGGAAGAAUCCAACCAAUUUUUACCCCCCAAGUGCGUCCGGUCAAACUGUUCAAUACGUCAUUCCAACUGAAUCGAGCUCACGUUAUGCCAGUGGAAAUGGUCAGGUGCGUGUCAGACACGAGUGACGAUGUAUCCACCUGUGCUACAACGUGAAAUCAAUUGUUGGAUGUUUCAUGACAAUAGGUGAAUGUUUUUCCCCCGCGAUUUGAUGAUAACAAAAUGCUCAUCGAGAUGGUCAGGCUCUCGUAUCAACACCGGGCAUUUUACUGCUACAUUAUACUCACCAUAUGGAUAUUUCUCCUGGUUGCUGGGAUGUACAAGUACAUAGGAGCUGACGAGAAGAGCUCUUCGCAGAGUAAACAAAGCAGUGAUCUUCCAAUUCGCGAAUUUGCACGACACCUUAAACCGGAUGUCAAAAAUAAACGAAUCUUCAAAUUUUGUAAUUCGGUGGAUGACAUUAGCAUCGGAGCCGAGGGUAAGAUUGAUGCGAAUUUGACCCUAGAAGGUAUAAUAAUCCUCGUCAGACACGGGGACAGAGGUCCCUUAUCACAUAUCAGAAACAUCAGCACAGUAAAUUGUGCAGGAGACUUCUCCAUGAAUCCUCGUCUGGAGACAGUCUACCAGAACUACCAAAAUUUCCUGGAGAAUGCUUCCCUGUAUUACCGAAACGCCUGGGCUCAGUUCCUAGGCCCCUUCCACGGAUUUCCAAUGCUCCCAGCAAACACCAGAGAUUGCAAAAUCGGAGAACUGACGACUCUGGGGAUCAGCCAGCUUCUGAAAACCGGCUUGCUCCUCAGAAACGCUUAUUACGAUAAGUUAAAAUUGCCGAAUGCUUCCAUUACUGCCAAGGACGUCGUCGUGUACAGCACUAGGUACAGGAGAACUGUCCAGAGUGCAGUCGCACUGUUGUACACUUUCCUGGAGGAGAAUGGGUAUCAGGGCCUGGGGAAAAUCAGCAUGAGGGAAGUCUCGAGUUUUACUUUUUGUAAUAGUGAUUGUGCCUGUCCUGCUGCUGAGAAGUACUCGAAGCAGUUUAACAAGGAAAUAUCAGAUCGCCUGAAAUCCCACCCGGCAGUGACAAACCUGAUAAAGCAGGCGGCCAACGUUGUCUUCGACCUUCCCGAAGACUCCCCGAAGCCCAACAGCCUGAGGGAUGCCCUCCUCACGUACAUCUGCCACGGGGCCAGCCUACCCUGCGUGGACUUCGACAAUGCCCAGAGGAGUUGCGUGAAAACCGAGCACGUGACAGGGCUCUUCGCCUACACCGAGUGGGAGUCCCGAAUAAACCUGAAGAGCCUCAACAGGAAGAGGCACGGCCUCCUCAGGGCCUACGGUCUCCUCAAAACAAUCGUCUCCCACAUGAUGCAGAUUGUCUCCGAGUCGAAACCCAAAGUCGUCCUAUUCUCAGCCCACGAUAAGACCCUGGAGUAUCUGGCGAUCGCCCUGGGGAUCGUUUCCGAUCACCUAGUCCUGCCUCACUACGCCUCGAGGUUCGUCAUCGAGAUCUGCAAGGCCAAUCCCAAAAGCGAGAGCCACAGUGCCAACGAUUUUUAUUUCAGAGUUCUGAUUAAUGGUAGGGACGUCACCCAGACCAUCCCCUUCUGCAAGAACUCGAACUACUAUAGUGCUAGCUAUGGGGAUAGAAACGAUGAGGGGGAGUGGUACAGGAAGGAAUAUAAACUGUGCUCGAUUGAGUCCAUCAUCAGGCAGCUCCAUGACGAUUACUUUGCAGCAUUCAAUGCCAGUAAUUUCAAGGACGCCUGCUUAGGGCGCUAACGGAAGGGCUCUCCCCCAGGAUUUUUGGAAUGUUCAUAUGUUGAGUCUUGCGAUGAGAGAAUACGGCGAAUGUUUAAUUAUCUUUCCGACAAUAUCUUAUCGAAUCUGAUGGAGAUAAUUGAAGAUUUGAAUGAAAAAAUGGAUAAAAUCAUAGACUAUGGACAUUUCUCAUCAAUUAUCUCCGGAAUAUCAUCCACUCUUGCCUGCAAACCCCUCGCAAAUAUGUAUAUUUUCUAGAAACUCCCUCAGAUGAACUAUUUCUACUUGUAAAUAUGUAAAUAGUCUAUCAAAAAAUGUUAAUUAUUUUCGAGACUAUAUGUGAGAGUAAAUUCGUUGAUUUCUAAUGAACCUAGAUGCUAGAGCGAACAUUUAACUGUCAUAGAUUGAACUAAAGCCUCCAAACACUCUUUCUACCGUAGGAAAAUCAUGACUAAUCAACGAAAACUGUCAAUAGUGCAAGUCCGUCAUUAAAAAGUCAACGAAAUAGUGAGAAUAAAGUAUACAACCAUCUUUUCAUGAAUUCAAUUUUAUUAUUCAAUAAGGUAACAUUUCAUUUUAUUCACAAUUGUAAAAAAGAAAUACGACAUAAUAAAUA